AUGUUCUAUAGGAUACACCCUAGAGGACGUACUUGUGCCCAACUGCUUGCAACAAACACUUCAUUACUUAAAUCUGUAUCAGAAUUACUAAAUAAACAUCGAUGGUUACCAUGCAAUUCCAAGACUAUUUCCACUACAUAUCCAGAAUGGUUGCCAUUUCAGUCAACAAAUUCGUUAUAUAAAGCAGAAGAUCUAUAUCCAUCAAGCGCUGCGGAACUUCUUGGUGCCGUUGGCUCCAGUCUUUCACUAAUAAUCCCGGGGGCCAUUAAAUCUUGUCUUCGUUUCCGUCCAACUGCACUACAUGAUUACAGUGGACAACUGGAAUCGAUAAUGAAUCAUUUUCAGCAUGCAGAAAAUCAGAAAUCUCAUUUUCUUAUAUGCAGUCUAUAUGCUCUUAUUAAUCAGACAUAUUCAGUCGACGAGAUUCGUAAGAGUUUUAGUGCUCAAAACAUAAAUGACCAGAUUUGGUUUGGUACUAAUUUUGUACCUAUUUCCAAGCUCGUACUGGAUCCUCCAUUCAAUUUAUUUCCUUAUGCUGAGCAAAUACCGUUAGCUAGUCCUAUUCUUAAAUUUGAAAGAAUUCUACAAGCACUGAACAUUCAGUCACGCUCAACAGAAACGACUUUGCUAAAUGUACUCAACGAUAUUGUACAAAAAUACGAAACAAAUGCCCAUGACCGUACACUAGCUACACGAAAUGAUGAUUUUGAUUUAAUUCGUCGAAUAUUAGUUUGGUUUAGUAGUUUCGCUUCUCAAGAGAAAUCGGAAACAAGUAUUGAUAUUAUUAAGCAAUUGUAUCUUCCGACAAUAACACUAAAUGAGGACAAUAAGAUCAAUAGUGAUUCAAAUAAAAAUGUGUCAUUAUCGUUUGCAAUAAUCGACGAAUGUUAUUAUUGUGAUCAAAAGUGGAUGACAGAUAAAUUAGCUAUUGAGUCGAUACUAAAUGAAUUCAAAUUGAAUAUUGUCGACGAAAAUAUACCAGUUGAUAUAUCUGAAGUACUUGGUGUCCAGCCGUUGACCAGCAAAAUUAUGAAUGUUAAAAGUUUAAGUUUCGUGAGAAAUUGGGGACAAAAAGAAGAAAUAACUUCUCGUAUUCACAAUCUCAUCAAGGAAGGUUACACGGAUGGGCUAGCAAUAUUUAACGAGUUUAUUCAAAAUGCCGAUGAUGCUCGAGCAAAUGUAGUAAAAUUCCUUUAUGAUAAUCGAUCGAAUUUACAAUGGACUACACAUUUAUUGGAACCAUCUUUAGUACAAUUCCAAAGUCGAGCCCUUUGGGUAUAUAAUGAUGCUGUAUUCACUGAAAAUGAUUUUCAAAAUUUGAUCAGACUUGGUGAAGGAACAAAAGUGAAUGACUUAGAUAAAAUUGGAAAGUUUGGAUUAGGAUUCAAUUCUGUCUACAAUGUAACUGAUUUACCUAGUUUAAUCAGUCAGCAAACAUUAAUCAUGCUUGAUCCACAUUGCAAAUACCUAGGAAAAUAUGGUAAUGGCGGUAUACGUCUUGAUUUCACACCAUCACAACGAACAAUGCUUCGCAGUUACAAAGAUCAGUUUGAACCAUAUAGUGGCAUUUUCGAUUGCAAUGUUUGCGAACUUGUUGAUGAAUCAUUUAACGGAACAUUAUUUCGACUUCCAUUACGCACAAGUGAACAAGCCAAAGAAAGUUUACUAAGUAACACCGUUUAUGAACAUCAUGAUAUGCUUGAAUUAUUAGAUAUGUUAGUUAAACGAGGUAGUCAGUUAUUAUUGAAUACUCAAAAUGUGUGUAAAAUCGAGUUGUAUGAACUUACAUCACAAAAAGAAAAACCGAAAUUGAUGUGCACAUUUGUGAAAGAACCUGUUCGUUAUCUUCAACAGUAUGACCUUACUAAGUAA